AACUGAGUUACACUUCUAUAUUACAUUAAUGGUUUAGCACACAUGCGUACUUUGCUGAGAACGGUCAAGUGUGCAUUUUGUGAAAGUUACGCAUUGUAUUUUUCAACUAGUCAACAGCAGUCAACAGCAAGCCAUGUUGGCGACAAGUUUUGAUUGCGGUUUCGACUUACGUUUGACAAAUUUGUCGUGAUGAUCUUGAUUAUAUAUUUCUUUUAAUUAUUUCUAACAUUUUGCAAGAUCUCUUGUUACAUUAUUUCAAUUAAUUUUAUGAAUCAUAAAUUUCAUUAUGGUAAAAUUAACAGAAGAAAUGGUCGUGGCUCGGACACGAAUGUCCGACUUCUCUACUGUGAAGAAACUUAAUUGUUGGGGUACAGAACUGACUGAUGUAAGCAUUUUAAGGAACAUGAAAAAUGUGGAAGUACUGUCAUUAAGUGUAAAUAAUAUCAAUACUCUUGCUGAUUUUCAAUACUGUUUAAGUCUUCAAGAUUUGUUUGUAAGAAAAAAUAAUAUUAAAGAUUUGAAUGAAGUUUGUUACCUUCAAGGAUUACCUCACUUACGAAAUCUAUGGCUUGGUGAAAAUCCUUGUGCUGAAAAAGACGGAUAUCGAAUGGCUGUUUUGAGAGCUUUGCCAAACUUACAAAAACUUGAUGACAAAGUGGUAUCACCUGAGGAAGUGCAAACUGCAUUAACAAGGGGUCGAAUUUUAGUCCAUCCUCUUGAUAUGGAUGCAUCUCCACCACAGUCAGAUACAGUUAGUCCAGAAGAUAUUGCUACCGAAUAUAUUGGAGAACCGGAAGGUAUAAGACAUCGAAGAUAUAGUUCCUCAAGUGAUCAGAGAAGUUUUGAAGAACCACAACAUACUCAAGAAGAAUAUCAUGAUCCAGAUCAUAGAAAUGCAAAUUACAAUACUUCACCAUCUCAUCAUUAUUCACAAAAUAAUCAAUAUACAUAUGAACUACAGAAUGGACAGUCAAAGAAUCAAAGCAAAGACGACACUGCACGUACAGAGUCACGCAGCGUCAAUGAAAGCGUGGCCACUAACACUAUUGAAAUAAUCAAGGAAUACGAUGAUCGACCAGCAGUUUCAAGACACAAUGGAGAUUACGAUGAAAGACGAAAUUAUGUGGAGUAUAGCAACAACGAUACCCCUCAACGUUCUUAUCCACCAACAUCUCCUCGAAUGCAGUUCUCGGCGAAUGAAUCCAUAGAUGAUAGACGUGCAGAGAGAAACCAUUAUGAUUAUGAUAAUAGAUUGAAACCAGAAUAUGAAGAACAUCAUGAUCAAAGGAUAAAGUCAGAUUAUGAAGAACAUCAACCACCAUCUCAGCCUAGACGAAUAGCUGUUCAUAAUGCCGAAAGGGUUAGAAUUGAAGAUUCAUCUCAAGUGCCUGGAUGGAUAAGACAUUCUGAGAAGGACAAAUGUAGAUCCCAAUUUCAUUAUCACAGGAGACCUGUUACAAGAAACUCAAACAUACUAUCAGCUGUAUUAUGCUUGGUCAAAGAGCUUGACUAUCCAAGUUUGGAAGUGGUAGAAAUGGCUGUUAGAAACAGAAUGGAUGAAUUGGAGGAAUGAUGUUUCUGACGCCGUCCCCAAAACACCCAGGGGACGGUCGCCUUCUCUCACAUAGGCAGCAUUUCCUCGAUUCCAAGUCCAGAGUUUUCGGAUUCUAUUGAUGCUGCAGUAAUUUCUUGCCAGUGUGUUGAUAAUGACGCAAAUUUAAAUCUUGACCAUCAUUCGUGUAAUAGGCAUUCAAUGGAUGACAAUGUUGAUAAACGUCAGACUCGUCAUAAUGGAUGUGCGGAAAGUUGUUCGAUGCGAAGCCCAAAAAAUGUAUCCAUCAAUUCAACAUCAAGGUAUUUCGGAAAUAAUCAA